CCAUAUCGCGUCAGUCACUCAAAGUCAGCGAGGAAGCAAUAUCUACCGCAGAUAAAUCACAAGAAAUUCCCGAGCAAUGCAUUGGUUUUCAGCUUCGCUUCUCAUUUUUGCAGUCAUUUUGUCUGGUAAGUUGUUAACGUUGAGCAGACUCGCCUAUUUGGCCGCAAUAUUUUCCAAUUUGCCCAGUAUUUGACUGGGAGUGUGUGUCAAGGAUUCGGUUUUCAAUAUGAUACUGUUUCUCUAAGUAAUAUAAUUUCGGUGAUUUUCCAUGAUUAUGCAUUUUCACAGUCGCUAAUAUGACCAAUGAUAAGCCACUGACGUAAGUGGCCGUUAGGCGCGGGGAUUUAACUAAGUCAAACGAUAACAAUUUCCUCAUACCAGCACCUAUAUUUUCACGUUAUUGCAAAACUUCACAGCGCGCAGUAAUACAGAAGCUACAGUAUGUCUGGAGUCUGGAGCUUAGUUCUGGCUUCGCUGGGUAAUGUAUCGAAAAAAAGGACAAUGAAAACGUAUAACGCAAUUUUGGCGUUAAGACAUACUACUCCGAAGUGUAGUCGGACAAGAGGUCGUUAAAGGCGCGGGUGGGUCUUACGCAGGUUUCACGGACAUUAAAAAGAAGAAAUUAGGCAUCACGGUGAUUAAACUUCCGUAUUCGCGUUUCACAAAAAUUUCCGAAGUGAAAGGACUGUAAUUCACGGAUUUUAGUUUGGUAUUUUCACCUUUCACGAAAAUUGAAGACGCUUAAUGCUGUAUCACGCAAUAACCCCUUUCGCAUAAUUCAAAGCGCAUGAAGCAUUCCAGACCACAACAAACCUCCGAAGUGAACUAUUGUUUCUAUUUUGUGCGACAAAAAUUCCAGAAAUAAACCAAGCUAAGCCUGAGCGCUUUGGAAUGCAUUUUCAUAAACAAAUACCGUUGUUAGGUUCGCUUUUGAAUGUUUGUGGUUUUAUCUACUAUUAUCAAAGGGGUUGUUUUUUUUCACGGCUGGCUGUUCUUUUCGUUUAUAAUGCCAAUUGCGUGACCUUUUUCGAUAUGGAACUUGAGCAAUUACUCGUGAAUGACCAAAGUACAGCGUCUUGCCAAACAAUCAAUAGAGUAAAACCCCGCGACUAAGAACCUGGAUUUAAGAACCUGUUAGGCUAAAGUUUGCCAGUUAAGCCCCCUCUUUAUAAGAACCUGUUUAGCCUAACAUUUGAAACAGUUUCUUAUUUUCUAUAAUCUAUGAAAAAAUUCAGUACACUUGGGAAAACAAGAGAAGUCAAGAUUCAGAAUCCUCUUUGGAGACAAAGGUGUCGUAUCACUCCAACUACAAUCUAACGGUCUGCAGGUUUUAUAUGAGGAAUAAGCUGAACCACUGAAUACUCUUAGCUUAAUUGUAUUUUUUUUCUUCAGAAAAUAAGAACCUAUUUAAGAACCUAAAUAGGCUCAAUUUAUGCUUAACUUGGAAACAUCCAGGUUCUUAGCCGCGGGGUUUUACAGUAUGUCUUCCAAGCAUACGUCGCAAACAAGGAAAAUGAUGAAAAACUGUUAGGCUAACAAGUUUUCAAAAGUCACAAUUGCAAUCCAUUUUAAUCUUCUUCAAGUUUGUCCAUUCGUGCCUCCUUUUGUAUUUGCUGUGUUAUUUAUAUCCCUAGUGAGGUCAAGAUGGCUGGAUAUUGGCCAAUUUUGUUUCUUUUCAUUCCUUUCAAAACAAGCCCCAAAGACUAAUUAUCAGCCGUAGCAAGAGAAACAAGUAAUUCAAAAACAGCAUGCAAAGAAGGAAGCCGCAGGCUGAGGGAACAUUCGAGAAGGGUCAUAAACGUGAUCAACUCCCUUGAUAUUGUGAAAUUUUAAACAAAGGAUGGUACGUGCACCGACCGGUUUACCCAUGUAAAUGGAAAACAACCAGAUUUGAUACCGGCAGCAAAAGUAAAGCAAAAUCUGCGUAAACCUAAUAAUUACUCCACAUAUAUGCCUCUCCUGCAGGGAAGUAAGCUUUCACUUUUGAACGAAGUUUGCACCUAGAAAAAAUAAGUAGCAACUUUAGCAUUCUAAAGUUACAACAAAUUUGCUCAACUGGCCGCGAACGUAGGUAAAACUAUUUGUUUUGUGCAUUGUUUUUACCUCAUAGAUUGCAAAGGUUUUACUCGUAAUACUGAGAGAAAGUUUACAGAAUUUGUUUAAGAUAACGGGUUUUACGCUCCAUAUUAAGACGGAUGAACUAUUAAUUCAGUGAAAGGAUUUUUUUCGCCCCUUUAAGGGAAUCCGGAAUCCAGAGUCCUAGGAACUUUCGCUUAUGGAAUCCUAGCCCGUUCCAGGCUCCAAGGUAGUGGUGAAAAGUCGUUCAGUAAAAAGGCGUAAAAAGAAAUGCGAAAAACGCGCGGGGGCUGGGGAGAGACAUUUUUCCCGCCGCCACCGCCCCUUUCCCAAGUCACGCGCGUCUUAUUUUCGCUCUGCUCGUUUUAACACGUUCCCACCAUACUAUCUGAGAGCCUGGCACAGGCUAAUGGAAUCCAGGAUC